AGAAAAAGCAUUUGAUUGGAUUCAAGUGUCCGAACAUCUCUUCGUGUCACUACCUCUGGAGAUGUGCUGUCGAACAAAGAUAUUUCUUUACAAUGAACUCUUCGCGUGACAUACCAUUCGUGACGACAGGCGGAGGAAUAUUCUCGAGAAGUUGUAAAUUGCGGUACAGCGGCAGAACUGAGAGGGAGAUCAUAGAGGACAUGAAGAGAGUGGACAGAGUGUCGACUAGUAUUCAUAGGAGCUAUUCGAUCACAUCGGCGCCGCCAUCCAUGCGAACUCUCGGCCGCUCUAAUACGGCUCCACUACCCCAUCACGAGUCACCCGAACGCUCCACUUAUUAUCACAGCAAAGUGGUUCCAUAUCUGAAUUAUUCAACACUUUCUGAGCCGUGCGAUGAACACAACCCACACGUUGAACACGACUCACACGAAGGACACGCCAACGCAAACGUGUCAUUACCGCCAUCUUUGGAUCCAUUCGACGAAGAAGAU